UAUAGACGUUCACGGAAAACGUUGCUCGCUCGUCACUAUGGAAACGGUUUGUUGUUACGUCGAGUGGGUUUCAAAAUGAAACUCAAGAGGUUUCUUCUAAGAUAUUAUCCCCCGGGUCUCCUGCUGGAAUACGAGAAGGGAGGAAUUUUGAAAACAAAAUCCAUUGACCUGUUGGAUUUGAGCCAAGACACAAACCCUGAGGAGCUGCUGGCUGAGAUCCGGCAGGCCGAACCCUUGAUCACAGAGUCCCGGGCAGAGCAGGUCAAACAGCUGAUCGUACGACUUCAACAGAAACAGAGCCAGUUGGCUCAUAAGAGAUUCUGCGUCUCCAAGGAGCUGAAGGCGCACAUUCUCCCGCUAACCAACGUUGCCUUCGACAAGUCGGGUUCAAGGUUCAUUACAGGAAGCUAUGACAGAACCUGCAGGAUUUGGGACACAGCCUCUGCCAAGGAGCUGCACUCACUGCAGGGACACAGAAAUGUGGUGUAUGCAAUUGCAUUCAACAACCCUUUUGGCGACAAGAUUGCCACGGGUUCUUUUGACAAGACUUGCAAGCUGUGGUGUGCUGAGACUGGCAAGUGUUUUCAUACCUUUCGAGGACACAUGGCAGAAGUUGUUUGUCUGGCCUUCAACCCCCAGAGCACACUGGUGGCCACCGGCAGCAUGGACUCCACUGUCAAGCUGUGGCACGUAGCGAGUGGCGAGGAGGCGGCCACUCUAGUCGGUCAUACUGCAGAGGUCCUCUCCUUGUGUUUCAACUCGGUGGGAAGUCAGCUCAUUACCGGCUCCUUUGACCACACAGUCGCAAUAUGGGACGUGGCCACAGGAAGAUGCGUCCAUGCCCUGAGAGGUCACACAGCAGAGAUCACUAAUGUUCAGUUCAACUGGGACUGUUCACUCAUCGUCUCCGGCUCCAUGGAUAGAACCAGCAAAUUGUGGGAUGCGAACUCUGGGCAGUGUGUUGCCACUCUGGUCGGACACAAGGAGGAAGUGUUGGACGUGUGUUUUGAUUUGAAAGGGCAACUCAUUGCUACAGCCUCAGCUGACGGGACGGCUCGAGUGUUCAGUGCGACCACGCACCAGUGUCUGGCCACUCUGGAGGGACACAGCGGCGAGGUCUCAAAGAUUUGUUUCAGCCCACAGAGCAGCAGGAUUCUGACCGCUAGCUCCGACAAGACGGCCCGUCUCUGGGAUGCUCAGUCUGGGGUCUGUGUGCAAGUCCUGGAGGGCCACACGGACGAAAUCUUCUCCUGUGUCUUCAACUAUGAAGGUGACACGAUCAUCACAGGCAGCAAGGACAACACAUGUCGGAUCUGGUACUGACCGUCACCUCUGACCUGCACACAUGAAUCCAGUCUAUUCCAGCCUCAUGUCUUUUGCGCAGUGUUAACCACCAGUACUGCUGCUUCACUUCACAUGAAUUUAUUAAUGUCAAAAGAUAAAUACAUUCAGUUAUACAGUGAUGUAUUUUACAGCUGUGCUUUUCCCCCCCGAACGCUGAUGAAACAUAUACCACUUAGUAGAGAAAUAGACAUCAAACUCUACAGUACAGCAGCCCACUACUUCAAUUGGUCCAAAUCUACAGUAUUUACAGACAACUGGACAACAUCACACACUUGGAUCAAAGGUCACAACAUCCGUGGUAUGUUGGCUAGCACUCACAAAUGUGUGUCUCAACUUGAACAAUAUAAAAUAGCUUUGUUAGAAAAUGUAUUGAGGAUAUGAGGUCACCGGUGAGGCUUCUAUUUCUUCUUUAUGUGGACGAAAAUAAAUCUGGUGUAGCAGUUAGAACCAACUGACUGUGAUCUUUUGGCUGGUCACUUCUGGAAUGUCUCACCUGCAGACUACCAUGACCUGUUUGGUGCAAGAGAGCAUGCUUUUUAUUGAGGAGCAGUUCAGUCAAGAAGCUGCCAAGUGGUGAGGCUGAUCUGUUGCCGGAAUAAAAGUUGAGAAACAGCAGGAUUGUUGGGGCUUGUGUGCACCAUCGUUUGGUGUAUUGUGGUUCCUCACAAGGUCUCCAGCAGCCAGUCAAAGAGGCUGGCCACAGCCUCUUCUCUCUCCUGAAGCUGACAGAACUCAAUCACUGCACCAAACAAGUCGGCUAUUCUCCAGGCUUUCUGAGACAUCAGCUGGACCACCCUCUGGAACUGAGAGGACACACACACACACACACACACACAAGCAUGAAUUAAAGAGUAGCUACAAGAACAUCUACUUCUCAGAGUCCUUUCAGGUUUUGCCGGCAUAUGUCCUUCAUUUUUUAUUUAACUUGGAUGUCUUCAAACAACUAUAGCUAUCAUGGAGGAGUGUUCAUCGUUGGUACAGUAAAAACUUUGACAUAACCACUGAGAGACAAUUUAAUGUAAUUCAUAAACUUUGUCCUCAACAGAGGAAGCUAUUCAGAUUCCCUCUUCGACAGAGUUGCUCAUUUAAUAUGUUUAUGAUCCACUUGUUGCAUGAAAAAAAGUUGUUGUUGUGACUUCAAUAACUCUACUGACAUUUAAUUUUAAUAUCUUAUUUUGAUUAUCUCUAAUAAAAAAUUCUACAGUCACCAUGGCUAUUUUGUCAUUUUAUUUGUAGAAAAAAGAGAUGGCAAUAUGUUUAUUCACAGAAUUAUUGUCUAGUUAAGUUUAAUAUUAACUGCAAACGUCUUUUCCUUUCAAGAAGCAAAAUAAAUAAAAAUGUGUUUGGUUCAUUAGAUAUUGAUUGUUGCUGAUGAGGCUUCAUGAAACAGUGUUCUCAUUUUCAAUGCUCAGAAGGUGGCGCUCUUGGUUUAAAAUGAUGUGAAGUUUCUUUGAAAUGGUUCAUCAAAAAAACAUUUUAGAGCAGAGAGUGCCAUUCAGUGGCCUCUGAAAAUGAGCUCAUUGAGAUUCAUGAAGCUUCAUGAAGCCUCAAAUGUCUGUGAAGUCAUUUGUUACCUUCGCUGCCUUUUGGACUUUAGACUUCCUGUAGCAGAGAGCAGGAAGUCCCAGCUCUGAAGCGGCGAUCCACUGCAGGGCCACUCUCACUUCUGUGUCCACGCCCCCUGGCUCAAGGUCACAGUUGACCACCAUCAUCUCCCGGGGCAGGCUGGCCCCUGCUCUCGAGGCUCCUACUGAACAUUAGAAA